UAUGGAAUUUUAUGGAAUUUUAUGGAAUUUUCAGAGCCCUGACUGAUUUAUAUAAUAUUUUUCAUCGCUUGGAUGCUUCGUUAUGAGCUGCUAAUCCGAGCAGGAGCCGAGUCAGUGCCUUGCUGCAGCGGUUUUGGGGCUGGGGACGCAGCCCAGGUGUGCAGGAGGAGCAGGCUGAUGUUCCUGCUCUGAGCACACCCAGAGGCUCUGGAAUCCUGGCAGGAUGAGGAUCGUGGUGGCCAAGGUGCUGUGUCUGCUGGGGAUCUGUGUCCUGGUGCUGGCCGGGGCCCUGCUGCCCGUCAGGAUCAUCGAGGCCGACUACGAGAAGGCUCAGCGCUCCCGGAAGAUCCUGGCCCUCUGGAAUUCCUUCGGAGGCGGCGUCUUCCUGGCCACCUGCUUCAACGCCCUCCUGCCCGCCGUGAGAGGGAAGCUCGAUGAGGUGCUCAGGCAGAACAACGUGACCACGGACUACCCCGUGGCCGAGACCAUCAUGAUGGUCGGCUUCUUCCUGUCGGUCUUCGUGGACCAGCUCUUCCUGACCUUCCAGAAGGAGAAACCCUCCUUCAUCGACCUGGAGACCUUCAACGCCGGCUCGGACGCGGGCAGCGACUCUGAGUACGAGAGCCCGUUCAUGGGCUCGUCCCGCGGGCGCGCCCCGUACGGGGAGCACGGCCCCGCCUCGCACGGCCUGGCGCUCCCGGAGCUGGCGCGCUGCGGCCCCCGGCGCCUGCUGGGGCUGGUGUUCGCCCUGUGCACCCACUCCAUCUUCGAGGGCCUGGCCCUGGGCCUGCAGGAGGACGGCGGCAGAGUGGUCAGCUUGUUCCUGGGAGUGGCCGUGCACGAGACACUGGUGGCCGUGGCUUUGGGCAUCAGCAUGGCCAAGGCCUCGCUGCCGCUGAGGGACGCGGCCAAGCUGGCGGUGGCCGUGUGCCUGAUGAUCCCGCUGGGAAUCGGCGUCGGGAUGGGCAUCGAGAGCAGCCGCAACGCCGCGGGCAGCGUGGCGUCCCUGCUGCUGCAGGGCGUCGCCGGCGGCACCUUCCUCUUCAUCACCUUCUUCGAGAUCCUGGCCAAGGAGCUGGAGGACAAGAGCCACCGGCUGCUCAAGGUGCUGUGUCUGGUGCUGGGCUACGCCGCGCUGGCCGGGCUGGUGCUCAUCCCCUGGUGAGCCGGGAGUCUCGGGAAGCCGAGGGAGCAAAGCUCGCCUCUCCCCUCCCACCGGCGCCGGGAGGAGCCGCCCCUUUCACCGCUGGAACGGCCCGAGCCGGGCGGUGUUUCCGUGAGGACCUGGAGGAGGAGAAGCUCUUCCCGUGUGUUCAGAGUGAGGAAUAUCCCGAGGGAUUGUCCCUGCCCGAGGGACUGCGGGGAUUAGCGGACACAGACGUUAAGGAUCUGGGUAAAAUGUGC